AUGUCUCAACAUCCAUCGUCAUUUGGUUCCAAAUCCUCCCAACAUGCAAAGACUUCAUCCAUGGAGUUUGUAGAUGAAGACAUAAUGGACGUCACUCCUCUGUGCAUGAUACCGGACGACACCAUAGGUACCUCCUCCAAUGCUGGAGAUAAGCAAGGUAAUACCUCUGGUAACUCCUCUCUUCCUAAAGACAUGUAUUACACUAAUCGUGCUAUAAGGAGACUGGUUACUAGAAUACUGAGUGAAGGACAUAAAGUUGAAGGGGUCUCUACCCCUCUGUCCAGAAGGGAACCCUCUCCUGAGAGAGAACCCCAUGUUGAUAAAGAUGAUGAUUCAUCUAGAUCAGAAAAAGAGGUGGCUGCUGAAGGGCUUUGGUCUCUAGGUAAAACCCUACCUAUCAAGCAACAAAAUGUGCCUCAAGAAAAUAUUAUUGAUCUGGAGGAAGAAAGCACUGAAGGAGAAGAUGAUCCUUUGGUUCAUCUGGUUAAACCUAGCGUAGCUGAGAAACUGAGAACUAAGAAAGGGAAAAGUAUGGCUAAAAUGAGAGCUGCUAGAGUGAAAAAGACUACAGGCGUAGGACCCUCUAAACCCUGGAGCAAGGUUGAGGUUGGAAAAAGAAAAGAAAGACACAACUCUGAUUCUGAGGAGGAUGUUAAAGACGAUAGAAGAGUAGCCAUUGAAAGAGAACUUGGACAAGAAGCUGUAGAGGUAAAGGAGGUAAUUGAGCUGAUCAAAAAUGUUGGACUCAUGAAGACUGUGGUAACUCUACCCCAAUGCUAUAAGGGGCUGGUUAAAGAGUUUAUUGUUAAUAUCCCUGAGGAUAUUUAUGAUAAGAACAGCAGGGAGUUUUGCAAGGAAGAAGAAAAGGCUGGGAAGGAAUCAAAUACAAGAUCAAAAUCCCAAUCCAAUGGAAGUUCUGGAAGCUCAGAAGGUUCUGAAGGUACAGGUGAAGACACAAGUGAAGGUGAAGAUGAUUCUUCUUCUUCUGAUUAA